AGUACCCAAGAAAACACUACAAAUAAAUUUCCAAACAAAAAACAUUCUUCAAGUUCAAAAGUGAGGGUCACAUUUUGAACUUAGAAGAAAAAACAAAAGUCAAAAAAAUGCCCAAAAAAAGUUCCCCUGUUUUCCAGAAAGUUUCUAAUCUACUAAACAUGUCAAUUUUCUUAUCAAAAAUGAGAAAACCCAUUAUUACAAGGCUAAUUUCUCUGAAAAAAGCGAAGAAAAUGAAGAAAUUUAGUCUCCUUAAGCAUUAUAAUUAUGGGUAUAUUCAAGAAUACCAAUUCUCUCCUUCAAAUACACCAUUGAUUCAUUACCAUAACAAAAAAAAUUCACUCAGAAAACAGAGGAGUUACAGAGAUAUUUGCUCUGUUUUCUUUAUUUCGAGAUGUUUGGGAAUGGCGAAUGGCGAAGGAGAAGAAAAAAGGAGAAAGUACCCAGUGUUGGAGUUGGAGGGAUUAGCUUCUAUGGAACAAUUUGCAGAUUUUGGUGGUGAGGACGACGACGACAACGAUGAUGAUGAUGGUUCAGUUGAUGAAAGAGCUGAGAAGUUUAUUGAAAGGUUUUAUGAAGAAAUUAAAUUGCAAAACAACAAUCAUUUUUUGGAGAAGUUUAAUGCAAUGGUUGAUAAUUCAUGAAAGCAGAGCCCCGAAUCAGUGACAAAACUAGAAUUUUAAAUUCGAAAAAAAAUGUCAUUCGGUUCCAUAAAUGAUUUUUUCAACAAAAAUAUAAAGUUAUUAGAUUCUGUCGAACUUGCAAAGCCGAUGACUAGUCUGCGUUCUCUAAGAAGAAAAGGAGAGAGAUUUUUUUGUCUUUUUCAUUUUCUUAUUUUUGAUUUUUUUUUGUUGUUGUUGUUGGUGUUUGGGUUUAGGUUGGAUUGUGAUGAUAUUCUAUUUUGAUUUAUUUUUCUCCACAUUGUUUUUAAUGGCUGUGGAGAAUUGUCGUUUACUUUUAUUUUAUUUGUAUUGUUGGCUGGUUGUUUUAAAAGUUGUCCAUUGAAAUGGACUACUUUUCUCAUUUUAUACACAAAUAUUUGAAGAAAUUAUAGAAUGUGAUUGUAGAAUA